AUGCUCGAAUUUGCCGCUGUUGAGCUCGAAAUCGAGGGUUUCUACGAAACUUCGAGCUACUCCACGUACCUGCGGCCGCCGGAGGGAGUCCGUAUUUCGCGACGGACGGUGGAGAUCAACGGGAUCACGAGCGACACGGUGCGCAACGCGCCGAGCUUUGGCGAAGUGGCGGAUAGGAUUUACGAGCUCAUGGACGGCAAGGUGUGGGCGGGCCACAACAUCAGCCGGUUUGACAACGCGCGCAUCCGAGAGGCCUUCAGCAGCCUGGGCCGAGCGCCGCCUGUGCCGGCUGGCGUGGUGGACACGUACGACCUGCUGAGGAGAGAGUUCGGCACGCGAGCUGGCAACAUGAAGGUGACGGGUGCUGCUGUGUCGUGGGUCGUGUGCUGUGCUGUGCGAGUGAGAGGUGGUAGCAUGAAGGAUAAAGUAUGUCUUGCAUACUCUUUCCCUGCAUCACAUCGUCACCUUUACCUCCUCCAUCCCACUUUCUCCCCUUUCAUCCACCUCUCCCCUUUCAUCCAUCUCUCCCCUUUCAUCCACCUCUCCCCUUUCAUCCAUCUCUCCCCUUUCAUCCACCUCUCCCCUUUCAUCCAUCUCUCCCCUUUCAUCCACCUCUCCCCUUUCAUCCAUCUCUCCCCUUUCAUCCACUCGUCCCAAGCCAAGUCGGAGGAGGGAGAUGCUGAGGGGGAACUUGAGGAUGGGGAGGUGGUGGGGAAGGAGGAGGAAGAGGAGGAAGAGGAGAAAGAGGAGGAAGAGGAGAAAGAGGAGGAAGAGGAGGAAGAGGAGGAAGAGGAGGAAUGGGAGGAAUGGGAGGAAUGUGAUUAUAAGGAAGCAAGAUUCCACAAGAAAGACAAGCACACAGAGAGCAUUCCUUUAAGCAAGGGAGAGGGCAAAGAGGACGGCGAGGCACAGGGGGAGGGGGGGAGGGAGGAGCAGCCGGGGGAAAGGCAGGCAGGUGUCGAGUGCGUGGUGUGUCCGCAGUGGUGGCAGCAGCAGCAGGAGCAGCACGCCAAGGAGGGCGGCCCCUGGGCCAUCACUUGCGCUCACUUCGACCCCUUCUGGCUGCAGGCACUGUGCGUGCCUGCUGCUGCUGCUGGUAGUGGUGCUGCAGGCGGAAAUGCAGGGAACCGCAGCAGCAGAGGCAGCAGGGGCAGCGGGUGGGGAGGGGGCAGGCGGUACAGCUUGAGGGGAGGGAUUGCUCGGGUGUACCCGAAUGGCCUCACGCCACAGCCACCAUCUGAUGCUCAUGAUGCCGGUGCUGCAGUGGAGGGUACGCCGGCGCGUGUGCUGCUGUUGUACAAUGGGCGGUCACUGCACGUGAGGGAGUGUGGAGCGAGGAUCAAGAUGAGUGUGUCGGACCGCUUUGCCUUUGAUGAGGCAUCAGGGCGCCCGUCCUUCUCUUUGCUCCUCGCCGUCUCGCCCGCCGCGGCUGCCGCCAUCACUGCUUGCUUCGACGCACUGCUGGCAUGCGUGGGGAGUGGCAGCAGCAGUGGGGGGGAUUGCAAGGAGGCAGCAGCAGCAGCAGGGGUAAAGGGCGCGGAAGAAGAGGAGAGGCGUGGUGGGUGCAGGGAGGAGGUGCGGUCGCCCUUUGUGGCGGCAUGGGAGGACGAGGAUGGCACGAGAGUGAUCCGCGUCAAGCUGGCAGCUGAUGGCGUGAGGGGGAAUGCUGAGUGGCGCACCAAGUUCUUCUCCUGUGCUGCACCGCACACAACCGCUCUCAACCCAGCCAAUGUCAGCACCGGCUCUCCCACAGGCGCCACCAGCAACGACAGCAAGCAGCAGUCACCCGCAUCGCAGCAGCUUCACCCUGUGGACCCGCAGCAGCUGCACCUGCCCGUUGACCCACACAUGGUGGCCGCGGCUCUACCAGCAGGGGCGGUGGUGGACGUGGCCUUCCUCGUCGACUCCUACUGUGUCAAUGGCACCAGGGGGCUGCGCUUCGUGGCAGAUGUGAUUGUAGUGAGGGGGUGA